AUGGCCGCCCCCAACGUCCAAGGUCGGGUCAUCCUGUCGGGCGCCGACCGCGAAGAAUUCCCGGCUUCCACACAGCGUUGCGAGGUACUCCUUCCCAGUGACUCCAAGGAAAUCCAAUUCAUUCGUCGUCUUGUCAAGCCCAAAUUGUUGCAUCCAGGUUGA